GUGCUAAGUGGCUAGAAUUCAUAUGGGCUUACACAAAGAUUUUAAUGCAGCCUGCAAUAUGGCGUUUUCCUCCAACUCAGAAGAGGAUAAGAAACUACCUCCGUUAGAAAAGCUACCCGAUGUAGUGGAAGAACCAAAACCGGUUUAUAAGGAGGAAAAUGCUAAUCAUAGUUGGUCAGGGCUGAUAAGGAAGCUUGAUAUUGAGUUUAACCAGGAUUGCGUGAGUUGCAAGUUCAUUGGUGCAUCAGUUUGUUAUGUUUGCGGAUACAUCGUGUUGAACACUGUAAAGACUAUCCCAGCCUCAAACAUGCCUGCAAAGGUCAUGACUGGAUUAUUUGGUGUGGGACUGUUUGGGAUUGGAACAGUAAGAAUUUUUAAAAGUCCUGCUGAACUGGCAAUUGACAGACCCUCAAGCAAGACCUCAAACAAAGACAGUUGGUGGUGACAGUGCUGAUAGAAAAAUAUCUUUGAGAGAACAAACAAUAGUUACU